AUGGUGAGCUCGUCUCUUUCGAAUAAGAGAUACACUUACGUACACGAACGUGAAAGUGAGGCAGCUAAAGGAGCCAUUGACAUUCACCAUGUGCUCAUCAACGGAAGCAGAGCAACUGGUUACGCCCGUCGUCGAGGACUUGGUUUAUUACUUGUGAUUUUGGCGAUUUCUAUGUACUUUUGCCUUGGAAAGGACAAUCCAGUUAGGACUCUUUCUUGGAGCUGCCUUUUGAUUGGUUUCGUUAUUAUGCUACAAAGUAAGAAGUUUGUGAAGAAAGAAUCUGUUAUAAUCAUGCCAUCCUUCGGGAUCCAACUUGAAACUCAAUAUUUAAGUGGGAAAACUGUCUCCAGGUUUAUUCCAAUUGGCAAAAUAUUGAAGCCAGUGCUGGUCGAAUGUGUGACACCCGUUACAUGUUACUGGAGUCUCUCCUUGUUUCUGCGUGGCGAAGAACAGCUUACAUUAGUGUUCAAGGAACUGCGUCCGCCAUUAAAGAUGUUGGUUCCCAUUUGGAAGGCAUUGUGUAGUGUUCUUGGCACAGACCAAAGUGAAAUGAUAACUGAAGAAGAUCAUGCUGUCUCUGGCUAA